AUGAAUAUCUGUAAACCCUUGGCCGUCUGUGGGCGGUGGUUCGUCAACAAAACAACACCUCAGAGGCUGUCGAAAUCUUUAUGGACGAAAUUCCAGACCAAUUUCGGAGUCUACGACGUAGUAGACCAUCUAGGAACCGUCAGCGAUCCCAGGACGGUGCCGGAGUACGUCACGUUACCAUCGUACGCGAAGACCGGCGUGGUCGUCGAUGAACCCGACCAAAAUUGUCCACCAGAAAUCCAAAACAAAGGUCAGAUCGAGAUGCUCCGGCAGAGCUGCAAGUUCGCCAAGUUCGUACUGGAUAGUGCCAAGGCACAGUUAAAAGUCGGCGCUACCACCGACGAUGUCGACCGUUUCGUACACGAUCUGGUCAUCGACAACAACGCAUAUCCGUCGCCUUUGAACUACAACGGGUUCAAGAAGUCUGUCUGCACGUCGAUAAACAAUGUCGUGUGCCAUGGAGUGCCCGACGAUCGGCCACUGCUUAAUGGUGAUCUCAUAUCUGUAGACGUCUCAGUCUAUCUGAACGGUUUUCACGGUGACUGUGCCGCAACCUAUUGUGUGGGCGAAGUGGACGACUACGGUAAGAAACUGAUGAGCGUGGCCGAACAAAGCAUGUACAAAGGCAUAGAAGCUUGUGGCCCGGGCAAAGGCUUUUCAGACAUUGGAAGAGCCAUAGAAUUAUAUGCUCGUCAACACGGUCAUAAUGUUGUGUCGAGCAUUACUGGCCACGGCAUUGGUACAUAUUUCCAUGGGCCUCCCGUGAUUUUCCAUUCUACUUUACACAGUUAUCCAGGAAUAAUGAAACCAGGUAUGGUGUUUACAGUUGAGCCGGUUAUUAGCCAAGGUGGUAGCGAUGUAGAGAUUUUAGAAGACGGGUGGACUAUAGUAACGGCCGAUGAUUCUAGAGGAGCUCAAUUUGAACAUACAAUACUUAUUACCGAUCACGGUUACGACAUUUUAACAGUUUAA